AUGAGAACUUCAUUCAGCACCAUCUUCGCCCUCAGCGCCCUUUUCGCCAGCUCCAUGGCUCACCCAACUUUCCUUGAGGAGCGCCAAUUCCCAGUCUGCUUGGGUGCCGGAUCUCCGCUAUGCUGCGACGUCGAUGUUCUUGGUGUUGCCGACCUUAAUUGCGAUACCCCACCCGCAGCAUUUGCCACUGUCCAAGAAUUCAACGAUGUCUGUGCUGGUGUUGGCAAGAUGGACAUGUGCUGUAUCCUCCCCAUCUUGGACCAGGGCAUUAUCUGCAGCGAGCCAACCGGUCUCUAA